AAUAUCUUCUUGAUUAAAAAAGACACAUUUUUUAUUUUCUUUGCUAGUUUCUCCAGUUUUGAGUACUUUGGGUUUAUAAUUCUUGAUAAAGAAAAAAGAAAGAACAAAAUGCCGGAAGGAAUAACAGCUGAGAAUCUUUUGAACAACAUCAUGGACUCUAUUUCUGAGGGUGAGCUGAAACAUAAAGCUGCGUCAUUCUUUCAAGAGGAAAGUGAAAGCUCUGUUAGUGCUCAAUUCAAUAGGCUAUUUGGACGUCAAAAACCAAUCCACCGUUGUUUGGGUGGAGGCAAAUCUGCUGAUAGCAUGUUGUGGAGAAACAAGAAAAUUUCAGCUGGCGUUUUAAUCAGUGCUACAGCCAUCUGGGUGCUAUUCGAGUGGCUUAACUACAAUUUUCUUUCACUCGUGUGCUUUGCUCUGUCCUUUGGUCUGAUUGCGCAGUUUCUGUUGAAAAAUGCCUCUGGGGUAAUAAACAGGUCUCCUACGGUUCCUCGUCUUGUCUUACCUGAAGACCUCUUCAUCAAUAUUGCCAAGAGAAUAGGCACUGAAAUAAACCAUGGUUUGGGAUUCCUUCAAGAUGCUGCCUUGGGCAGUAAUCUGAAACAAUUCAUAGUGGUUAUACUGAGCUUGUGGGCAGCUGGUAUGAUAGGAAGCUGGUGCAACUUCUUGACUGUUCUGUAUAUUGGUUUCAUCGCUGCUCACACUCUUCCAGUGCUAUACGAAAGAUAUGAAGAUGAAGUUGAUGGUUUCGUUUACAGUGCCCUCGAUAAGCUUCAAGGCCAUUACAAGAAGCUGGAUUCUGGUGUCCUCAGCAGACUACCGCGAGGCAGCUUCAGGGGAAAGAAGGUUGAAUAGAUCUUCAAUUACUGAACGUAAUCUCGUGGAGAAAAAACAUUAGCUUGUAUGCAGAGAUCAAAUAUGAAACUCGUAUUCGUGCUUAGGCAACAAUUUGCUGUAUGUAUGCUUAGGAUGAAUCGACGAGGUAUUGAACCGUAGGUCACCUCGUUGUGUAAAUGUUGCAUGUACUUCGAUUGAUGUUUGGCAUUUGAAAAUAAAUUGAGUUUUUGCAGAAAGUAUAUGUGAACGUCCCAGUGGUCAACGAAAUGGGUUGAUAA